AUGUUUGGUGAAAUGGAACACAAGCAAGAACAGGACAGUGGUAACCAGAAUAAUAUGUCUGGUAAUGGUAUUGAUGUUAGUCUUAUAUCUCCUAAAGUUCCGAAAUCGGUUUCACCAGUUUCUUCUGCAGCAGAAGGGGAAAUGUUAAAGCGACCUCGUGGUCGGCCGGCUGGAUCGAAAAACAAGCCAAAGCCACCCAUUAUUGUCACGAGAGAUAGUGCUAAUGCACUGAAAGCUCAUGCUAUGGAAGUGAGUUCCGGGUGUGAUGUGAACGAGAGCUUGUUGAACUUUGCGAGGAGAAAGCAACGCGGUCUUUGUAUACUUAAUGGCACUGGUUGUGUAACGAAUGUAACACUGCGCCAACCAGCUUCUUCUGGUGCCAUUGUAACCCUUCAUGGUCGAUUUGAGAUUCUCUCGUUGUUGGGGUCGAUUCUUCCCCCACCAGCACCGCCAGGAAUCACUGGCUUGACGAUUUAUUUAGCAGGUGCUCAAGGACAAGUUGUUGGAGGUGCUGUAGUCGGUGCUUUGAUUGCUUCAGGACCUGUUGUCAUCAUGGCUGCAUCGUUCAUGCAUGCUACUUUCGAUCGUCUGCCGCUGGAAGACGAUGAACUUGCUGCUGCAAUGCAGAACCAGCAUUACCAAAAUGGGCGCACACAGCAUCAUCUUGAUAUCUCUGACUUAUAUGCAAUGCCGCAGAACCUCCUCAUGAAUGGUGCAAUGCCUCCUGAGAUAUACUCUUGGGCGCCAGGACGAAACUUGUCAAAAACCUGA